AUGAAUGAUAUGGCGGAGAUGAAUGAAUGCUGGAAUGAAAUGGCUGUAAGUUUAAGAAGUGUGGCGAAGGACGUACUUGAUGAAACGAGGGGGAAAGGAAAGAUUGAUAGAGAUACAUGGUGGUGGAAUGAUGAUGUGCAAAUGACUCUGAAAGAAAAGAAGAAUGCUUUUAAAGAAUGGAAAAGUGUGGAAGUGGGUAAUGAUAGAGAAAAGGAAAACAAGAGGUCAGCUUAUUUAAUAAGUAAAAAGAAGGCCAAGAAAGCAGUCGCAAUAGCAAGGGCCAAGGUCCAAGAUAAGCUUUACAACCAUUUGGAAAGCCCACAAGGCCUAAAAGACCUUUAUAGAAUAGCAAGAGAGCGGGAGCGGAAUGCAAGAGAUAUCAAUCACAUGAAAUGUAUGAAAGAUGAAGCAGGAAAGAUUUUGACAGAUGACAAGAGCAUAAGAGAACGCUGGAAGAACUAUUUCAAUAAACUUAUGAAUGAAGAGAAUGACUGGACAGGCGUGCUAGAAAACGCUAGAAGUAACAUCGGUAUGUAA